AUGGGCUUGGACAACCGCUGCCAGCGGGCCAUGUCGGGGUCUUCAGAUCCGGAGAGCGGGCCAGGGGCUUCCCCCCUGCCACCCCCUCCCUACGCUGGGGAAGGGGCCUUAGAGCUGCGGGGGUCUCUGGACUGCUGGGCGUGCGCGGUGCUGGUCACGAUCCAGAACUUGCUGGUGGGGACGCUCAACCUUCUCUUGGUGGGGGUCAUCUUUGGAGUCAUCUUGUUCCCCGCAGGGGUCCUCUUGGGAUUCGGGUUCCUGUGCCAUUCCAAGUUCUUCAACACCCAGGCCCAGUAUUGCAUGACCCACUUGCAUGACUCCGGCUCCAUUGCGCUCCUUGUGGUGGGGUUCACCCUCCUAGUGCCCCUCCUGGUCUUGGCGUUGGCUGCCUACUGCCGAAUGGCGCGCCGCCUGCAGCUCGGCUACUGCCUCAUCCCCUACAGCAAGGCGGUCUACAAGAACAUGCCGGCGUCCCACUACCACCGCUCCAGUUGCUGCUGCACCCAGGAUCUGGACUCUGUGGAGAAAGUUUGGGUUUGAGACUGGGGCGGG